UAUAAAAAAUUUAAUUAAUGAAAGAAGAAACAAUUGCAAAAAUAUAACAAACAUGAUUUUAGCUUAUAGAAGUCUAUCAAAAGACCACGCCGUUUUUAUAAUGAAUUGGUUUUGAUGAAUCAAAUAUCACAAUACCAACUCUUCCAGUCAAAACCUCGCUUCAAAAUCUUAAAUCUACAAAACUUAACUUUUAAGUUCCAUAUUAUCGUUAAGUUGUUUUGUCGAAUGAGCAAAAGGAGUUUGAUUUACAUACUAAAAGUCGCUUAAAAAAAACAAGACGCUUAUCUAAGACAAGUGUAAAAAGUAAACAGCAAUUAAAUGGCAAAAAUGGAAGUUCCAAGAAUUCACGCAAUGACAUAAAAGACUUAAUGGACUCAGUAUCUAAAAAAAAAUGUAACACGUACCCAGAAUAUUCACAACAAUAUCAGAGCAAAAGGCAGGCCAAUGCCGACAAGAAGGACAAAUUAGAUGACUGUAUUGAUCAUAAUUUUCAAUCAAGCCAAGAUGGUUUAUUAAACAAUUGCAAUACCCAACGUAUUACAAUAUCAACUACACCUUUGCCCUGCGAUGAUCAAAAUGUUCACAAUUUUGAACAACAAGAAAGUUCUAUCAGUCUUCAUUCACACUCCGAUACAAGCAAAUUGCUGCAUACUCAAUCAAGCAAUAAAUUUCCAAGCUCAAUACUAAAUGGAAGAUCUAGUAACUCUGUUGUGAGCUUCGAGAGUGCAGUGAUAUCAUCUUUAUCUUCAGAAACAAAAUGUGCUAAUAAUGAAUCCAUGCCAGAAUUGUCUCCAGAUAUGUUUACUUCGGACAACAAACAUCACAUUUUUAAACACGAAAAACACGUUGAUGAAGUGAUUAAACAACUACAGAUUAUAAGUGAGAAAAUAGUUUUACAGCCUAAGAUAUAUUAAAUUUAGGUUAGUCUUUGGUACUUCAAGAGAAAUAUGUCCAGGGUUUAUUACUGAAUGAAAAACGAAAAUGUCAAGCAAGACUCUUCAUCAGAACUAAAACCGAAAAAAUAUGGAUAUUUGUUAUUUUGGGAAAGUUUUAUACUAUAGAUAUAAUUCUGAGACAGAUUGUCUAUCUGAGCAAUGCCAUUGUGAUUAAUUUUCUCGAGCAAAUCUGACUAAAAAAUUAAAUCGCAAGGAGAUUGCGAUGCGUACAAAAGCCGUAAUGACAUUACAUCCGAAUUGUCCGGGUCGGAUAUGUUUGCGACGCAUGUGCAAUUUUUGUGUCUUACAA